UUUCACAGCAGUCUACACCUGCACACACUUAAACACACUCAUUCAAUCCUUCUUAUUAUAUUUAAUUUCUAAAGUUGCAAUGGCAUCUGCGAGGGGAUCCCUAUUUUUCGAGGAUGAUGUCGGAAGAGAGAAGAAGUCCGUGGUCCGCGAUAGGGCAUUUUCCACUCGCUAUACAACCACAAUGGGGAUCGCAUUUGGGAGGCAAACUACAAAAUAUGAUAUUCCGAUCCACGACAUGCGAGCGAUGCUGGACAGAAAUGUAAAACGACACCCUGACGAUCGGAAGUAUAUGGGGGAAUUCGAUGAUCAAGACAAUAGUCGAUUCUUCGUCUACAAGCCAAAGGAUGACGACCGUGAUGUGCGUCCCAAGGAUCCAAGCUUCACCAAAUUUAAAGUCCCCAUGGAAAUCACCUGUAAAGCUCGUAUAAUAACAGAUACUAUUCGAUAUAAUCGACAGUUGAAUAAUGAAAUCGACAAACUAAUUGAAUACCAGAACACCGCAUUGGAAGCAGCCUAUUUUGUUAGAGUAAUGUCUUACACCACCCUUUGGCCACCUUAUCAUAGUAAUUUGGAAAUAGAUAACACUUGCCGUUCAUUUUACCGGCUGUCGAAAAAGGAGCAGAACCGCUAUGACUAUAUUAUGUCGCAUGAUUUUUCCUAAGGUAGCAUCAUCGAAGUAGUCCCUCCUAGAUAAAUGGUCACAGAACAAUACCAAUAAACUGCUUUGAAAAACUGAAA